AUGUUGCCCGAGUCCGGCAGGGUAGAGACCGGCAGGGUAGAGACCGGCAGGGUAGAGACCAGCAGGGUAGAGACCGGCAGGGUAGAGACCGGCAGGGUAGAGUCCGGCAGGGUAGAGACCGGCAGGGUAGAGACCGGCAGGGUAGAGUCCGGCAGGGUAGAGACCAGCAGGGUAGAGACCGGCAGGGUAGAGACCGGCAGGGUAGAGACCGGCAGGGUAGAGACCGGCAGGGUAGAGACCGGCAGGGUAGAGACCGGCAGGGUAGAGUCCGGCAGGGUAGAGACCGGCAGGGUAGAGACCGGCAGGGUAGAGUCCGGCAGGGUAGAGACCAGCAGGGUAGAGACCGGCAGGGUAGAAACCGGCAGGGUAGAGACCGGCAGGGUAGAGACCGGCAGGGUAGAGACCGGCAGGGUAGAGUCCGGCAGGGUAGAGACUGGCAAGGUAGAGACCGGCAGGGUAGAGACCGGCAGGGUAGAGACCGGCAGGGUAGAGACCGGCAGGGUAGAGACUGGCAGGGUAGAGACCGGCAGGGUAGAGUCCGGCAGGGUAGAGACUGGCAAGGUAGAGACCGGCAGGGUAGAGACCGGCAGGGUAGAGACCGGCAGGGUAGAGACCGGCAAGGUAGAGACCGGCAGGGUAGAGACCGGCAGGGUAGACACCGGCAGGGUCGCAUGA